AUGUUAAUUGCCGGAUUCUCUUGCGUUGACUUCUCUUCACUGAACAACAAGCGCAAGACCCUCGACGGCAGCGGAGAAUCCGGCGGGACAUUCUGGGGGAUCCUCGGCUACGCAAAGAGGUACAGGCCGCGAAUAGUCGUACUGGAAAAUGUACGGACAGCCCCAUGGGGAAAAAUCGCCGAGGCAUGGGGCGGCAUCGACUAUUUCGCGUGCCAUGCAGAGGUAGACACCAAAGCAUACUACCUCCCACAAACCCGCGAGAGAGGGUACAUGCUCUGCGUUGACAGACAGCGGAUGCGAGAACACGGUCUGGAGGAAACGGCCAUGGCGGACUGGGUCAAGAUCCUGUCUCAGUUCAAACGCCCUGCGAGCUCACCGGCCGGUAUGUUCCUGAUGGACCCUGAUGAUCGUAGACUGGAGCAGAUAGAGAACGAUAUGACGGCGCGGAUAGCGUCGCAUACAGUCUACAAUUGGGAGCGGUACCAGGUCAGGCAUCAGAACUACCGCAUGAACAUGGGCCUGGGACACCGUCGCCCGUUCACUCGCUCGCAGGAGGACGGAUCUUCUCAGAUGCCGGAUUUCACCUGGCAGCCUUGGCUCCGAAGUAUGCCAGAGCGAGUCUGGGAUACACUUGACGCCAAUUUCCUUCGCAAGCUCGUGGAAGGGUAUGACAUGAACCACAAAGAGCGGUGCAUAGAGCUUUCUCAGGGUAUCGAUCGAGAGGUCGACACCCGUGCGUACGGCAUAGUGGGCUGUAUCACUCCCUCCGGCAUCCCAUAUUUGACCAUCAGAGGUGGCCCUCUCUGUGGACUCGAGUCCCUUUCUCUUCAGGGAUUACCGCUGGAUAGACUGAUACUUGCCCGCGAAACUCAGGCUGAACUUCAACAGCUCGCUGGAAAUGCGAUGAGUUCGACGGUCGUAGGCGCUGCUAUUCUCUCUGCCCUUAUUGUGGGCCACAAAGUACUCGAUAAAGGUAGUCAGCAGCCUCGUCCGAAGAAAGAAGUCCCGAGGCACAAACGGUUUGAGCUGUGUCACGAUCACGAGCUCGUUUCAGGCAGUAUUAAUGUCGACGAAGCGACUGAUGUAACCAUUUCUGAUAUCCAAGCUCAGGCCGCGAGUAGCGCGAGAUAUUGCAUUUCAUGA